GCUCUAUCAUAUCCAAAUUCUUGAAGCCGAAGCCAAAGAUAGAGAACAAAGCUUAUUCAUCAUCAAGAAGGCCAAAAAGUUUUAAAAGACUCUAUAGAAGACACAAAAUUCAAAGAUCUGCCGGAGGCAAUCAUGUCGAAAUGGAAUCAACAAAUUUGCAGAUCGUGAAUUCCAAUCAAUUUGAAAUGGAAUCUACGAAUUCGCAAAUUGUGAAUUCCAAUCAAGUUGAAGUGGAUUCAACGGAUUUGAAAUUCUUGAAUUCCAAUCAAGUUGAAAUGGAAUCAACAAACGUGCCAAUCUUGAGCUCCAGCAAUGUCGAAGUUGAUCCUAUGUCGCUAAAUUCUGUUGUCUUCGAUGUGGCUGAAAAUAACAAUGACUACAACAUCGGAGAUGAUGAUAUCGAGUUGCAAGCAAUUCUAUUUUGCUCAGCUCAGUUUCAUUCUGGUAAGGAUUUGAAAUCGAGAUCUAAUCAUGAUGUUGGUAAAAAACCUAUGGAGAUUGAGUGUUCUUUCAUUCUAGAUUCACUUAACCAUGAAAAGGGGGAAUCUUCAUGUAGAUUUUGUGAAAUAUGUGAAGAUGUCUUUCCGUUGCCAGACACAAUGAUAUGGGGAAAUAAUUGCAAUCAUCGUUACUGUGUAGAAUGCAUACAGAAUUAUAUAGGUGAAAAUAUCAAUGAGGUUAUCCGCGAUGUUUCAAUAAGGUGUCCUGCUUCUGAUUGCAAGGAAAGUUUGGAUAUCGAUUUAAUAAUGCCGAUUGAUUUUCUUAUUCGAGUAAGAGAUGUGAGUCGACUAAUGAAAGCUUUGGCUUCACUUGAAGUUAUUGAUUGCCCUUAUAUGGAUUGUAUGGGUAAAUUGAUUGAUGAUCAACAGGGAUAUCCAAUUAGGGCAUGUCCUAAAUGUUGGAACCUUUUCUGUGUCAAUUGUAAAACCUUACAUUUUGGAAUGACAUGUGAGAUUUUUCAGUUUAGUAGGCAAAUGAAUUUGCUCUACGAGCAGCAACAAUAUGGAGGAUAUCGUAAUGAAAUAGCGAAUGAAGAGGAAGAGGAAGAGGAAGAGGAGGCGGAAGAGGAAGAGGAAGAGGAAGAAGAAGAAGAAGAAGAAGAAGCUCUUUGAUCAAAAACUCUGAUUAAUUUUGAAAAGGAGGUCAAAUUUUCUUUCUUUGGAGAUAAAAUAGCCAUUUGAAUCCUUAUUUAAUUUAUAUGCAGUCUAUUAUUACUUGAAAAACAGUAGGCAGAGUCUUUAUUUGAUUUCAAUUAGUUGUUAUGUUGGUGAAAAAACAAUAUGCAUGAUAUUUAUGUUUGAACUAGUUGUUUAGUUUGUGUUGAAUGUGCUUAUACUGGUUGAGGACUAUUCUCCAAUGUAAAUGUGUAUCAAAAUGCGCAAAAUUUACCAUCUUGCAGAUAAAUUAUUCUAUUUUAUA